CCGUUUGUUACACAUUUAUUUUAGUGGAGAUGCAACCAAAUAUUUAUUAUUUUAAAUGAAGUUAUGGGAAACAUUUUGAAAUGGCCAUCAAAGAUAUGGGAAAGAGAAAUGUGUCAGGAGGGCACACAGCACCACAGAGUCGGGGCUAUAUGGUACGACCACCUUUCCUGUACCAGAAAGACAUGUCUGAAAGGAGGGAAGAUACUCAUUGACAGAUGCCCAAUUAUUCGGAAGCAGAAGGGCUGCACAAUCUACUUUAAAAGUCCCAACUUGAGGUUUCCAGACUGCUGCGACUAUUUAAUUUGUCAGGAGAUUAAGGACUCGACAACAAACGAGGGCUACACAUCUCCUUCUGACCACGAAGAACCUCUAGGAUGAUAGCCUCUCUCUUCCAUACGAAACGCUUCAAUUGAAGGCACAGCGGGUGGGUGUUACGUUGAUGGUGAAUACUUUAACCAAGGAGAUAAAUGGUACGACGAAAAAACCCAACAAUACAUGAUGUGCGGCUUCGAUGGUGAGCCAAUACCUAGAGGCUCAUCGGACAGUGACAGUGACUCCAAAUUAAAUAUCGGUUGAAUAACUUAUAAAAUGGACUAUUAAAUCUGUUAUGAAUUUCUUUAUUACUUUUUACGAGCUAUGGAAUAUAUUGUAUUGAUGUUAAACGUUAAUAUGUUGUAGCUUGUGAAAUGCCUAAAAAUACCUUCAUUGCAUAUAAAUAUGAAUAAUACAAAUUGCAUACAUGUAUAUAUACUAUAAGUGAACUAA